UAUUUCUUUAUUCGGCGCAAUGGCACCAACGCCAAAUCCCCGAAAAUCCCACGUUGACUUCCUGGCAUUUGUAUCUGCUCCAACUUCUUAUAACAGCCUUCAUCCUUUACCAUCACACAUGCUCUACACGUGUCUGUGGAUGACCUUGGUGAAGCUGUGGGCUCUAUUCCGUGCUUCCUCUUUUAGUGGACGGACGUCGAUUUGAAGAAGCAGCGGCUUCAUUUUGUGAGGGAGGGUUAACGUGUUGCGCUUUUCAUGUGGCUGCUGUGAACUGCAUGGUUUUUCUCUCCACUUUAAACUGUAAGCCGUGUUUGUGGGAGAUGUGCUGUAUCAGCUCAGCUGCUUCUUCUCGCGGUAAUGAAGCUGAAUUACAGUCAGCUUGUGCGCGUAAAGUGAACUUCUUGACUCUGGGAACACAGUUUCAGAUAUAAUAGCGACCUUUCCUUAUAUUCAUGUGACCAUCUCAUGCUGGUAUCUCAUAGUUUAUAUCGUGUAGUGUCAGUCAACAUUUUAUCCGUUGGGUAAAAACUGCAGCCCUGGCUUUAAGAGCCGAUCAGCAGCAGCAGAGGGCGUCAGUGAUCAGCUUUGGUUUCAAGUCAGUUGAGCUUCGCUGUUUCUUUUAGCAUUUGUACGCGCAGCCUGCCCACAGCUGAGAAAAAAGGAAGUACUGAAGUUACACUGUGUGCGGGGCUCUACGUGUAUUCACUUGGUGGAGCGAUAAACUAACAAACAGUGCAUGCAGUUUUAAGUCUCGGAGCUGUAAUGUGCAGCUGUCACUGUAGAAGAGCAACGAGCAGCAAAUGAUAAGCAUGUGAGAGCGUUAUGAUCAGAGUACUGCUACACAAACAAACAGCAUCACCUGAUGUAUAGCAGAUUUACACUCAGCGUCCUGUAUGUUAGGAUCACCAAGCUCACACUGAGUCAGUCUAACUCAGAGGUCCUGCAGCUCAUUUAAUCCUCACUGAUAAGGGUUCAGCAGGAUCGCUGCUUAUUAUAACUGCUGCGGUCAUUUUAAAAGCCAGCGAGGAUUACUCGCACCAGGGUCUGUGUCCUGAUUUUAAAUUAUUUUGAACUUCGACCUUUAGAUCCUCUGCCUGUCCCCACCCUGACAAAGAGGGUGGGGACAGGCAGAUGUUGAAACAGAUGCUACCAAAAUUGGCCUGUAUGCUUGUGUUGUAGUCACAGACUAUAUUAAAUUUAGUUACAGAGUGAGGUAAAGAAGGAAAAUAAAAACAACGACAUAAGCUGCCCGGUUAUUUUGUACUUUUUUUGCUGGGGGGUCUUUGUGAGGGAUUUCCUUCCUCCUCUCGCCCGUCCUCACUGAGUCACGUGACAUUAGGAAAACAACAACUGGAGGAAGGAAGUCCCUGCAGAGAUGCAUAUCCUUACAGAGUUUACAGAGCAAAGUAAACCACUGAUCCUGUCACAUUAGUAUAGAUUCGCUACCAGUACUGGGGUUGUAUGUGCCAUCUAUAUUUGGAUCGAUCCGCCCACUACUACCAAACAGCAGGCCGACCGUUGGGCGACCUGCAGAAAUGUUGUCGGUUGUAGUUUUCUUCUCCCUCCCGAUGUUGGUGGCUUCUGCGUUGAAAGAGGUUUGUGUGAGGCCUGGACAAGCUGCCACUCUUCAGUGUUGGGGUCCCAGAGAUGCACACAUCACCCUGCUGGAGUGGAGCAGACCGGAGCUCGUCUCACAGGGUUAUGUGUUCUUCUUCCAAGACCAGCGCUCGUACGAGAACUACCAGCACGAGUCCUUCAAAGGCCGAGUGCAGCUGAGAGACUCAUCCAUGAAAGACGGAGAUGUUACUGUGAUUCUGAGAAACGUCAGCAUCAGCGAUACAGGAACAUACGAUUGUCAGAUUACAACCAGCAGCACCAGAAAUGGCGAGAGAGUCGUCAAAGAGUUCCAGCACUCCAUCAACCUCACAGUCACAGAGUCUGUUCAGAUAAACAUCACAGCUGGACAGAACGUCAUUCUGCCAUGUCGAGCUCCAAACAUCGACAGCAAUUCCAAGGCAGUUGUAGAGUGGAGCAGAGCUGACCUUGGAAAAGAUUAUGUUCUUUUGUAUCGGGAUGAGCAGCCUGAUCCAGGAGAGCAGCAUCCAUCUUUUAAGAACCGGGUGGACCUGCAGGACAGAGAGAUGAAGGAUGGAGAUGUGUCUUUGAUUCUGAACGAUGUCACGACUGCUGAUAGAGGAACAUACGAGUGUCGUGUCUUCAGGAGAAGAACAAACCGCAGGAAGAGAGCUCAUCUGGAGACUGACCCUAUCAGCAUCAUCACCCUGAGUGUUGUUGAUCCUCCAGGUCAGACAGGAGGAGACACAGAGGAUGGAGUCAGUAGAGGACAUCCUGGACUGGUAGCUGCUUUGUCACUUUUUGCUGUGAUUGCUUCUUUGGCGAUCUUUAUAAAACUAAAACCUCCUCCUAAAACCCUUACAGACGAUAUUUAGUCUGUUAACAUUUUUUACUGUAUUUUUCCACUAUAUUUUAUACAUAUUUAGUUUUUUUUUACUGUACUGCUGAGUGACUGUCUUCCUUUCGUCAAAUUAUUUAAUUGCAAUGUAGACCCUGUGCUUACUUGCAUAUGACAAAUAAAACUGAAACUAAACUGAGAA